CACGUUUGGCAGAGGACGCCACGACCCCGCAGUGGGAGGACGUGGGAUUGCGACUCUCAUCUAGUUAACUGCCCUGAUUUUUUUUUUUUUUUUAGCUUAUCACGCUGUACGGGCUGCGUUGGACUUGGAAUGGAUCCACAGUUCUGGGUCAGAGACAGCAGUGGAAGACGCGCGCAGUCCGCAGUGGAAGCCCUGACGCCACUCCAGGACGACUUGUUUCCGUCUCCCUAAGUUUUGUCGGUGGUGAUUUUGCGUUUCCUUCCCCCGUGCUACCACUGACUUCGCAGGGCGUGUAUUGGACGUUGGCAACUUCUCAUGGUCGCUAUUGUUACCCUUGAGCAUCGGGGAAUUUUUCUUAUUCAAUGUGUUUUAAAGUGUAAAUACAUCAGGAUAGAAGGAAGUAUUAUUCUGAAAUGAGGUACGGAUUGAGAGGCUGCCACAGCAUGCGUGGCAGUGCAAGCAGCGACAACUCUCCCAGACGAUACGGUGAUGUCACGGGACGACAUCGCGCCCUUCCCCUUCCUUGGAGUGUGGGUCCUGGAGGUAAUCACUCAACAGGUGUAGUAGGUCGCCCUGGAUGCCCUUGGCACGCAGCUUCUCCAGCAGCCCACCGGUCCAAGUCUCCUGCUAUGUCCAAGGCGACUACCGGGGUGUCUAGAACAUCGUCAAGGGCAUCUUCCAAGUCACUGGAGAGGAGUAGGUCUGAGGCAGACGGACCAUCCAGCUCUGAAUUCGAAUUGCCCUGCAGUUGAGAGGCGCUCCAGGUGGUGGUUCAGGUCGCCCACGAUGAGGACUUGCGAGCAGCAGCCCAUCAGCAGGCCGUCCAUGUUGUCUGUGAAGAUUUCUUCAUUGGGCACAGGGCGGUGGUACACGGCGCACAACAUUAAUCCCGUGCCAUCAUCACUAUUCUGAAGAACAGUACCUCCAUCACCGCUGGCAUCUCCACUUGCAACGUCUGAGCCUGCAUCCCCUCACUGAAGCAUACAGCGACGCCGCCACCAGUUCGCUCAGGCCUGUCCCUCCAGAUCCAGUGGGUGUAGGCCAUGGAUCCUUCUCAUCGUUUAGCCAAGUCUCCGUGGCUACAACGAUGCCCCCGCUGUGCCUCAGGAUAAAGCUGUGGGUGAGGUCGCCGAUGUUUGUUUGAUUUGAGAGGACAGUCACCGUGCGCUCCGUGGUGACAUAUGAUGGGGAGUGCUUAGCGCGGGUAGGGGGCACCAGGGUAUUCAACAGAGGGGUUGUGGGGCAUCCACUGCCAGCCAUGGGUGCUGGUAGAUGGCGGUGGGGGGGUUUAUCCGAGUAAGGAAUGUUGGUAUGCUGCCAGCUUGGGUCGUUUGAAGGUCACUCGCUGUCACAGACCGCCAAGUCGUCUACUUCCGCUCACUGUUUUCACUGGCUAUCCCCAUUGAUGUACUCCACUUCAUUACGCGAUCUGUAAUGUAGAUUAAGAAGGGUUAGCAGUUACCGAGUAAAGAUUAUCGAGUAAA